AUGUUACAGAAAGGAACCUCUGAAAAGAGUGAAAAAAAGUUUUUCUCAAAAAACCACAAAGUUAUGUUGUCUCGAGAGCAAGAAACACUCGAUUAUGUGAAAGAACACAAGCUAGAAGGUCUGAUGACCCAGCUCAUAGAGCUCGCCACUUAUCACCAGCCGACAGAUCUGCGUCAAUUCAUCAUUGAGCAACUGAAACUGAUCGUUGAAGCUCGAGAACUCGGAGUAGAACCGCCAAGUUUGUUGGACGUCACCAAUUUUGCCUCGAUUUUCGGACUUAUCGACAUUAACAACCGCGGAAAAAUCAGCCGUGAAGAAGCAAUUUCGUCGCUGAAAAAGCUCGGAAUCGAGGAAGAACUCUUCAUCGGCCUGAAUCAAAUAAGCGUGGAUGUCUUCGUCAAAGAAGCGCAAGAAGCUUUCCAGAAAAUCAACUCGAACUACAAGCGUUCUCGUUAA